AGCACAGAUGAAGCCGACUCUCUCCGGACUUUUCCUGUUUGUCCUUUAUGGACUGACUACAGGAGACGAUUACAGAAUACACUUUUAUGUGUCGAUUCCACUGAAUUGGGGUGAUGCGUAUACAUACUGUAACACAUACUACAGCGACAUGUCCAUCGUCACUAGUGUGGAGGAAAACCAGAGGCUGAUCGACGCAGGGGGAGAUUUGUUUGAUGCUUGGAUCGGUCUGUACGAAGAUAAAAAAGGCCAAUGGAUAUGGGUGAAUAAUCAGCCACUGAACUUCUCUAUGAUAUAUUCUUACAAUCCUAAUCCUUUUUACUGUGGAUAUGCCACGCGGUUUCUGUGGUAUAAUGGCUAUUGUCCAUUUUUACGUCCUUUUUUCUGCCAUUACGUCUACAAACCAAUACUCGUGGCAAAGAAUUUGACUUGGGAAGAUGCCAUAACCUUUUGUAGGUCUUAUCACAUUGACUUGGCCAGCGCAACAGAUGUCAAUAUGUUGAAACUUUUGCAACAAGCGAUCAUAAAUCCGCCGACAACCAGUGUGUGGAUUGGUCUUCGCUUCCUGGCAGGAAAAUGGCACUGGGUGAGCAAGGGUUUUACCCAAAUUGCAUACCAGGGUUUACUGCCCUCAUGCCCAGCACAGCCGUACCGUUGCGGAGCCUUCAACAAAAUAACAGCAGAGUUGGAGAUGAGAGACUGUAAUGAGAUGCUCAGUUUCAUCUGUUACUAGAAAAAACGGGAUGAGUGGAGGAUGAAGUUGCACACAGCGCAUUGACGAGAGUUUUUUUUAAAUCAUCAUUUAAAACAUAUGUUUAUUUAGGGUAGCUUUUAUGUGUUUAGAGAUAAUUAUUUUCCUUU